AUGGAAGAACAGACAUCAGAUGCAGACUUCCUCACCUCCCCCUCCCCUUCUCCCUCUACCCUCUUCCACUGCGACUACAGCGACUGGUCCCCCUCAUUCUCCAUCAUCCCCUCCGUCUACCUGCUGGCCUUCCUGGUCGGUUGCCUCGGUAACAGCCUGGUGCUGUGGGCCUACCUGGACCGAGGGGAGGGGAGGGGAAUGAUGACCGGAGACCAGACUCGGAUUGCAAAGCUCUGUUGUGCUGGCGUUUUCAGAACCAGCCAGCGGAACGUUAACAACGCUGGGAGAUUUGUGAAGAAGAAGGAAAACUGCAGAUAUUCCUCAUCUCGCUCCUCCUCCAACUCCUCAUCUUAUCCUCCCUCCAUCCCCCGUCCCUCACGCUCACUGACAGACUCUCUGAUAGCCAGCUUGGCGUUGGCUGACCUCUGCUUCCUCGUCACUCUCCCCCUGUGGGCCAUCUACACAGCCAUGGGCUACCACUGGCCUUUUGGGCAGCCCCUCUGCCAGAUCAGCAGCUUCCUCACCGCUCUCAACAUGUACGCCAGCGUGUUCAGCCUGAGCAUGCUCAGCGUGGAGCGGUACUGGGUUCUGAUAGGACGCCGGCACUCCAGCCAACAUGCCCCUAAGAGCUGCCCCAGCAGGGCUUUGUGGAUCCUGGGAGGGGUGUGGGCGCUGGCAGGGGUGCUGGCACUUCCUGGUCUGCUGCUGCGCUCUGUCAGGGAGGUGGAGGUGGAGCCAGAGGACGACUGGGAGCUGGAGCCAGCUCAUCCCACUGAAGCUGCAUCAGUGCUCCUCUCCUGUCAGAUGGAUUACUCCAUGCUGAUUGGAGCAGGGCUGGAGGGGACAGAUCGAGAGAGGGCAGAGAUGUGGUGGGCGGCCGCCUUGAGCCUUAAAUCAACCCUAAUUGGCUUCCUGCUCCCUCUUGUCAUCUUGCUGGUCUGCUACUGCUCACUGGCCCAGCUCCUCAGCAGACACUUUGGACGGGGCCCUCGUCCUGACCGCAGGCGCCAGCGGAGACUCCUCAGGGUCAUCGUCACAUUAGUGAUGGCCUUCUUCCUGUGCUGGCUGCCUCUGCAUGUUAAUAAGACUGUUUCCAUGCUGCUGGAGUUUGGCUUUGUCCCAUACUCCUGCUCUUUAGAUCAGCUGUUACUGGCCGCUCAGCCUUACGUCACCUGUUUAGCUUACCUCAACUCCUGCCUCAACCCUGUGCUGUACGCUGCCUGCGACCCCUCAUUCAGGAAGCGAUGCAGAGGAGCUCUUCUCGUGUGCUGCAGGAGAGGAGGAGAAGUAAAGGAGGGGAAGAAGGAUGAAGGAGGGGAAGCGAAAGAGGAGAGGAGCUCAGCUUUUCCCACGAGAACACAAGAGGAAACGGCAGACAGGACAGAGGAGGAGAGGGUGGGAUGA